AUGGCAUUCCAAGUAACACCAGCAGAUGUCUCUGUCAUUAUCUCUACACCUAGCUCCUUCGGCGCAGCGGGGACGUCCGAAUCGGACCCGGGGCUGGCGACAGAACGUCGCAUCACCCCGUCCUGGACUGUCAACCAGCUCAAGGGAAAGCUGGAGACCAUGACGGGCGUGCCGCCGGGCUCGCAGCGCCUGCAGCUGAAAUCCCCGGGCCAGUCGGACCAAUGGAUCGAGGGGGAAGACGAGAUCAUCGGGAGAUGGGGGCUGGUCAAGGGGAGCGAAAUUGUGGUUCACGAUACACGCCCGCAAGCGAUGCGGCCGAAUCUGAACGACGUCUCCUCGGUUGAAAAGUACACUCUCCCGACGGAAACAUACGAGUCUCUUUCCAACUCUGUGCUGGCGUGGAAAAAAAACCAGAAGCUGGGUCGCUUUGACCCGAAUGCCCAAUCGCCCGAAGAGCUGAUGCAUAGGCAGGCUGAGAAGGAUUUGUUGGAGCUUCAGAAGCGAGGAAUCGCCGUGGACAAGCGUGCCAUCACUCUCCCCUCGUCACCGCCCCAUAUCCGACGUGGCACCAUCCGCUUCGUCGGACCCGUCCCGGAUAUUCCCUAUCCGGGCGUGAAAGAGCUGGGCACGGAUGGACCGUUGCCCGUCUGGGUCGGCAUAGAGCUGGACGAGCCCACGGGGAAGAACGACGGCAGCCUCAAUGGGAAGCGGUACUUCACAUGUCUGAACAAGACGGGGCUGUUCGUCAAGCCAGAGAAGGUCGAGGUCGGAGACUUCCCGCCCUUGGACUUAGAUGAUGAUCUCGAUGACUUAGAGGAGAUUUAA